GCAAACAGUUGGCUGGAAUUAUAUCAGCGCAGCACCGGAUCCACAUAUUCGUCAUAUAUCUGCCUUUCCUUGUCUCUGUACCGCUUUUGUUUGGCUCUCGAGCUAUAGGAUUUAUUUUGCUUGCUGCUCUGCUGUGGCAGUAUUGGUAUUUGACUGCUGCUGUCGACAGACGUGACCGCGAUGUUUUCAAGUGCUAUAAAGUCACUGUCGUCGAAUAUAUCGUCUCACUACUCGGUCUCACAGCCAGCGGUUUUCCAAGCUGGUCCGUGGUCGGUGUUUGACGCAAAGCGAAGAAACACAGGAAAUCAAGUUUCCGUCUUUACGUUCGACAAACGAAAACUCGAGUCGCUUUUAUCCCGAGGAGGAGGCUCGAGCAGUACCCUACGACGCGAUGUCGAGGAGACGGUUGUGCGGUUACGCCAGGAAGCAAGCAUGCUAGCCAAGCUUCGCCAUCCUGCCGUGCUCGAGCUCGUCGAGCCCGUCGAAGAAGGCCGGUCGUCGAUCUCGUUCGUGACCGAGCGCGUGACUGCGUGUUUGACGUCGGUGAUUGAGCGCAAGGCGAGCGGACGGACGGGCUCGGACGACGAGGUCGAUGAGAUCGAGAUCCAGAAAGGGCUGCUGCAGUUGGCCAAGGGACUUGAGUUUUUGCAUUUCAGUGCCGGUAUUGUGCAUUUGGGUCUAGUUCCCGGUGCGGUGUUUGUUAACGCAAAGGGCGACUGGAAAAUCUCCGGGUUCGGCUUUGCGCAAGACUUUCGGACGCAGGGUACAUCAGAGUACUUUGUUUCACCUUACGAUUCGCGACUUCCAGCUUCGAUGCAGUUCAACAUAGACUACGCAGCUCCCGAGCUCGUGCUCGACCAUCUCCUUGAUCCUGCGAACGACAUGUUUUCUCUCGGCUGCAUCAUUCACGCUAUAUACUCAUCGCGCCCGCCGCUUGCUACAAACCAGAAUCCAUCGACUUAUCAGAACGUGGUUAAUCAGGCGCUGAGAAUAUCGAGGGACUCUCGAUUUCCCACCUACCUGUUUGAAGUCUUGCCACAGUUACUCACGCGGCGGCCAGCUGAGCGGAUGUCGUCGAGAGACUUUCAGAACUCAAAGUACUUUGACAAUAUCCUGGUCAACACGAUCCGAUUCUUGGACGCGUUCCCUGCCAAGACGACCUCCGAGCGCCAUGCGUUCAUGCGAGGACUUUCAAAAGUUCUUCGGCAGUUUCCAAACUCUGUGCUGCAGAAGAAGAUCCUGCCGAUUCUCGUGGACGAGCUGGAUAAGGACGAGUCGCUUGUAGGACCGAUCUUGACAAACGUGCUUGAGAUCGGGAAGGAUAUGUCGCAGCUUGGGUUUUGUACGAGGAUCCUGCCGAGUCUGAAGACGAUGCGGGAUUCUCCAGCAGGUCAGAUUGUGCUGCUUGACAAGAUUGCGAUAGUACAGUCUAAAGUGAACGGGACGCAGUUCAAGGACGAUGUGAUGCCGCUGGUAUACCAAGCCCUGUCGUCGCAGUCGCCGUCUGUUCAGGAAAAGGCGUUGAACGCGAUGCCGGUGAUCGCAAAGUCGCUUGAUUUCGCGACGAUCAAGAACGAGGUCUAUCCGCAGGUAGCAGGGGUGUUUUCGCACACCAACAGUUUGGCGGUAAAAGUCGCGUCGCUGCUGGCACUGUAUGGGUUGAUCAAGUCUGGGCUGGAUAAAUACACAGUGUCUGAGAAAUUGGUGCCGUUGCUCAAGGGGAUGAAGACGCGGGAGCCGACGGUUAUCAUGCAGGCGAUGCAGGUAUACGUGCCUAUUGUGCCGAUGGUUGACGUCUCUGUACUGGCGCUAGACGUGCUCCCUCACUUAUGGGCGAUGUCUGUCAGUCCGCUGCUGAAGGUUGAGCAGUUCAAGCGGUUUAUGGAACUGAUCCAUCAAGCGGGGGACAGGGUGGAGAAAGAGCAUUUGAGGAAGCUGGUGGAAAUGGAUCCUGACCAUGGACGAAGUCGGAACGGUGAUAUUUUGCCAAACACGGGCGACGAGGAGGCUGAUUUCGAAGCACUCGUGCUUGGCCGACAACCAGCCGCAGCUGCCACAGUAUCACCGGCUCGCGUGAACGGUGGCCACCAGCAGCCGGUUAGCAACAGGCUUGUGCCGAAUGACAACGAUGAAUUUAGUUGGAACGAAGAGGAAGAGGUACCUCCAAAGCCGGUCCCGAAGUCGAGUCGGAGCACUGCUUCGUCGUUUGGUGGCAUGAGGAGUCAGAGCGGUGGGUUGAAGCUGCAGCCCACGCGAACGCCUAUGAAUGCGAUACGUGCUCAGCAACAACAACAACAACAACAACAGCAGCAGCAGCAGCCUGUAUUUUCAUGGCAACAGAAACAACAGCAACAGCAGCCACAAACGUCACCAGUGCUGACACCAAAAGUCGUGUCGCCUCCAUCAAGACCGAAUCGCGUGCCGAGCAUGAGCGAGAGCAAUGUAUGGGCAAAUCCGUCCGCGACACCGGGUGCUGUGAGAACCACCUCGUUUGGAUCGGUGGGGUUGGUGAACGGGUCGGUAGCAGGCGGAGGAGGCGGGCUCACGCAGGCAUCGUUCAUUCAAGCGUUGACGCCGUCGACGACGACGUUGACGCCGACGAUGGCGAGCGCGACGGUGAAUACUCCGGACUUGAAUAAUCCAUGGACGUCUUCUGUCUCGUCGCCAACUGCUGUUAACAGCAGCGGUAGCGGUAGUUCGUUUCCUGCACUUGCGCCGCCGCCGAAGAGGACAGCUUCUGGGAGUGAGAGUUUUGGGUUUCCGCAGCUGGUGCCGCAGAAACCACCUGGACAGCAGAAUGGGUCGAGCGGGUAUGCUAGUUUACUGUAAUAUGUAGUGGUUUAUAGAGUAAUCAAGCAUUUUGCUUAGAAAUGAGUAUUUGCUUAGAACU